AUGGGCAAGAGCGUAGAUCUCACAUGCGGCUUCAACAAUGCUGAAUCUUACACGUGGUACAAAGAUGGUCAUCCUCUACCCAACAAGACAAAUCUACACAUUCUACACAUACCACACGUUUCCACAAGUGAUAUUGGAUAUUACUUCUGCCGAGGCUUUGGAAAUGAAGGAUCUAUAGACACGAAGAUGGCAUCUAUCUACAUUAAAGGUCUUACGAAUGAUACCUCUUUCAAGGACCUGUCUCCAUCGGUGGUAUGCAACGAUCUCACCCGGCAGGCAGUUGUGAUUGCUCAACUGAAUGUCUACAUCGAGAAUUCCAUUCUGACUGCUGCAUUUGAUGAACUAAAUCUUGUUCGUCAAGCUCUUGUUGAUUUGGCUGAAAACUCGAGUGGUUUUCUCGAUGUCCGCAGUGUAGAAAUCGAGAACACGGUGAUCUGCAAGAAUACGACAUGGACGUCAUCGCGUUUUGGACUAAUCAGUUUCCUAGAGGGUGAGAACGGAGAGUCGGGGAACUCAACUGAAGUAUGUCCAUUCAACAGAGCAAACGCUGACCAACCAAUCGGUCGUGCCAUAUGCGUAGGUGAUCUGAUUUCACAGAGUACGUGGCGUCCCGAUCCCAUGGAUAACUGUGGAACAUUAAGAAAUGUCAGUGAUUUACUUAGCCAGCUUUCAAAGGUUAUCGUUUCAGAUAAGAAUGUUCAUAAGCUCAGUGAAAAUGUCAGUUUGGCGACAAAUAACACCGAUGAUAUCGCCUCUGAUGACAUUUCUUCGAUUGCAAAUAUAAUUUCAAAUAUCAGUGAUGUUGCACAAGGGAGCUACAGUAAAAAGGUUACUGAAUCCAUUGUUGCCAUAGUGAGUAACAUCGCUGAGGUUGACACAGAAACACUUGAAUCAGCAUCAGCCUCUGUCAGAGAUGUCGUUAAAGUAUUUGAGAAGCAGAUCGACAGGAUUAAUGUAGUGGAAGGCGGAAAUCUUACCAUUCAACAACCAAAUAUUGCUGUGCAGGUCCAAAGUGUAUCUACCGAUGCCAUCUCAAACGGUCUAGUCCUCUCGUUAACAGGAGACAGCAAUUCUGAUCUGACGGACUCCGACACCAGCAUCCACACUUCAAAUGAUGAAGCUACACAACCGAAUAAUAUUGCUGUUGUCAACAUACCAUCUGCCAUUUCCUCUGCUUUAUCGUCGAUAUCUGGAGGAAGUGCCAAUACUAGCAUCUUUGUUCGCGUGAUCUUCACUGUCUUUUCCACACCAGCCCUUUUCAUUUCUAAAUCAUUGAAGAACACGAGUGAAGGAACCGACCGAUCUGCUAACACACCUGUGAUAUCACUGAGCAUCGGGAACGAGACGAUAGCAAAUCUGACAGAACCCAUCAAUUUUACUUUUACCCCGAUAAAGACUAAUCUAACGAAUCCGUCGUGUUCAUACUGGGAUGUUGGCUUUGGUGAGUGGUCUCAAGAAGGGUGUCAUCUUAUUUCAUCAUCUGGAAUUAGAUCACCUGAUGAUGAUAACUGCGAUCCUCCUUCUGAUGAGAAACAGGAGAUCGUUUGUGGAUGUAACCAUCUCACCAACUUUGCCGUCCUUAUGGAUACUUCCAGAGAGGAUGGGCCUUCUGAACAAGCAUACGAAGUUCUAACGUACAUAGGAUGUUGCAUUUCAAUAGUAAGCCUACUUGUCACCCUUGCAACAUAUAUAUCAAAUAGAGUUCUGAGGGGAAAACAGACCAACCAGAUCUUUAUUUGCCUGUGCCUGACGUUACUCUGUCUCUACGUAUCGUUCAUUGUCAUGAUGUCCCUGGACAGCGCCAAACGUCAAUGUCAUGUAAAGGCAGGUCCAUGCGGGUUCAUUACGGCGCUCGUUCACUUCUUCGUUCUAUCUUCGAUCACGUGGAUGGGUGUGGAGGGAUACAAUGCUUAUCUCAUCAUCGUCAAGAUCUUUGAUACUUACAUUCCACAAUUCAUGGUCAAAGCUGGUGCCGUUGCUUGGGGUAUUCCUGCAAUGAUUGUCAUUAUAACUGGAGCCAUUGCCCAGGACAAAUACGCGCACGAAGAUCUAUGUUUUCUCCAAUUGUGGGCUCAAAUCGGGGGUCUCUUUAUUCCCAUGACAAUCAUCAUCCUGUUCAAUGUCGUCAUCUUUGCCCUCGUCGUCCGUCAACUGAUGAAGUUUUCUAAUGUCGCUGGUCGGGUCGAGAGAGAGGCCAAGGUGGAACGUAGAGAGAGCAUCGAACGGGUUCAAAAUGCAAUCUGUAUCCUCCUUCUGCUUGGUCUUACAUGGAUCACUGGAUACUUCCUGAUGAUGCGAGAAUUCAGUCAGGUGGUUGAGCCAAUCUUCAUUGUACUGAACUCAUUUCAAGGACUGUUCAUCUUCCUGCUCUACUGUGUUCGUAAACCAAUGGUUCGUAAGCAGUGGGGACUGACCUGUCUUGCAGCAAGAAUCAGGAGACAAGAUGUUACCACAUCGAGUAGCGGCACGCAUAGCUCUAAGAAUACGUCCUCGUCAGCAGCGACUGAUGUUGUCCUUGUCAGCAUGAGCAAGAUACCGAAAGAGAAGAGCAUCGAGACAUUCGUGUAA